AUGUCCAAAGCGUCCCAACCAGAACUCAAAAAGUUUAUGGACAAAAAAUUGUUCAUCCAUCUGCAAGGUGGACGCAAAGUUAGCGGGACACUGCGCGGUUAUGAUCUCUUCUUGAACCUUGUCAUUGACGACGCGGUGGAGGAGACGACACCCGGUCAAAAGCACCCCAUUGGCACCGUGGUCAUUCGAGGAAACAGCGUAACAUCGAUGGAGACUUUGGAGGCGAUCCGACCAUGA